AUGUUAUCCAGCCGAAAGUUCUCUUAUAACAAGGCACUGCAGAGCGCUGCAGGCCAUAUACUCCUAAUAUACAGCCUGCAACGCCCUGCAGUGCCUUGUUUCGUCGCUAAGUUUGGUUAUCAUUUCCCAAUCAGACCAAACUUAGCGACGAAAGCGAAGGAUAACUGCGACUUUGAACAGCAGGAUAAGCACCUGCUGUCAGUCGCGGUUAUCCUUCGCAGUUUACUCGAAAGCUGGGAAACUUUCUUUGAAUAA